GUGACAAAAAAAAAAAAAGAAGAAAAAAAAACGUAAACGUAAACGCAAAGAGAGUAUAAAUCUGUAGUAUUUGACAUGUAUUAUAUUUAUAUAUAUAAAAGAUCGUAUUAUUGAAGAGAUAAUUGUUCGAAGCAAAUACAUGUGUGCAAGGAAAACAAAUAUCUACAGCGAAUAUAUAUAUAUAUAUAUACAUAUACAUAUACAUAUGUAUAUAAGUAUAUACGGAUAUUCGUAUGAAUAGCAAUUUUAUUUAAUUUAUUGUUCGAAUCGUUGUGUUUGUGCAAAGCCUGUCAAGACUGAUCAGGGCCUAGUCUUUUGGGAAGAAAUACGAUAAAAAAGAAAAAAAAAAAUAUAUAUAUAUAUAUGUAUAUAUAUAUAUGUACACAUAUAAAUAGCGAAGAGACGAUAUAAAACGAGUAAUGAUAACGAAUAAAGACGAUAAAUCGAUAGUUGAUUGAUAUAUGAUAUUUUUAAAUAUUUGUUGAAAUUGAUGAGUUUUAAUUUAUUAGGAUUUUUCAAUUGCCGUUGUUUUCCACUCUCUAUAGUAUUUUCCAUUUCGGUGUGUAUUACGGAUACCGUUUAGUAUUUAGAGAUUUUCAAUUCUAGUUUUUUUAAUUCCUACUCUCGCACUCGCGAAUCUACGCGAAAUCUGUAACAUCGAUAUUCUAAAAUUAUAUCUUUGAUCUGUAACACCCAAACAUAUACAUAUAUAUUACAGAUAUAAAGAAAUAUAUAAAUAUUUAAAAAGAAAAAACAAACAAACAAACAUACAAUAAAAACCGUAGCAACAAAACAAACAUAAUAUAUAAUAUAAUUAUAUAAUUAGAAAUUCAACUAAUAACAGAUAAUAAAAAAUUCACUUCAGACGUAAUUAGUAAUCGAGACCAAUUCGUAUUAUACAUAGUGGUACCAAAUCAUCAUUUUUGUAUCGGAGGGGUGUAAAAAUUGAAGUUACGAUAAAAAAAAAAAAGAAAAAAAUAACCGUAGUAAAGAACGAAACUAAUGAAAGUCAACGUAUUGCCCUGUGAAUAAAAAUUCAUAUACACGAAUAGAGAAAAUUUUUUAACCAUAAAUACAAAUUAUGUUAACGUGUUAGUGAUAUAUAAUAAUCUGUGGACUAAUUCUUGUUAUAAUUUAAAUUUUUUAAAUACAUACAUUUACAUACGUAUAUAUAUGUGUAUGGCUGUGUGAUAUAUGCGAGCGCCUGCGUGUACGGUUUGUGAUUCUGUCGGAGCAUUGUACGCAAAAAAGUAGACUUUUCUCUUGAUUUACGUCGUAUAUAUAUAUAUAUAUAUACACCCAUAUAUAUGAACAAUAUUACUCAUUUGAUAUAACAGUUAACAGUAACAAUUCGUAUAAAUUUGCGUAGCUCCUGUAGAGGUGGCAGCUUGUUGCGGAAGAGUGGAGUUCGUAUAAUAUAUUGAAAUAAAUCGAUAUAUAAUAAUUUAAAAAAAACGACAACAGUAACAAUAAUAUAUACAAAGUAACAAUCAAAUAAUGAUAUUAACAUACAUCGUGAAUUGCCGAAUUAAAAAUCGAUCUCAAAAGCCUUUGUGAAACAAUUAGCAAGACUUUUUACCGUGUGUGAUAUAUUAUAUAUAUAUUAUAUAACAUAUAUAUAUAUAUAAAUAUGAAAAAUAAAUCGUAAAUGAAAAAUUUAAUCGACGAACAAAGAUACGAUCGAUAACCUUACGAUAUCACAAAUCAUAUAUCAUUGAAACGCCGGAAAUCAACGAUAACUCAGUAUUCAAACGAAAGAGAAAAGGAAAAAAGAAAAAAAAAAAAAAAACAAUAAGAAGACAAAGAAGAAAAUAUACCCACACACCCAGACGCACACUCCUGCAAAAUGUACAAGGAUCAGAGUAGCUCGUCUUCGUUGGAAGCAGCGUCGAAAAACGGGGAGGUCGAACUUGUAAGCAGAUUUUUAGCCCCGCUAUGCGCCAGGGACGAAGCUGCGAGAAAUAUCGCACUUGCAGCUGCUCGGACGACCGUCGAGGGAUGGCUGGGAGGCGUCGGGAGUCCCGACGUCGUCGAGGGCGACGCGAGGACUGCCAUUUUCCGAUACGAGGAUAACACAUCGUUGUACGAGACGUUGCAGUUGCAGUCGAACAGCGUGAACGGAAGUAAUUCAAAGUCCGAUGAAGUUUCAACGGCAUCGAUACCGAUGCGGCAGCUCAUCGAUCCGUCGUUGCGGUACAAUAUAAUCCGCGACGAUUUUCGGACGGAAGAAUUUUUCCCCCAAAGCGUGACGGACAACGGUAUAUACCUGCAAAAGGAUACGAACUACGAUCCGGGCGACGGUGUGACGUCCUUCGAUAUUCUUCAAGGAAACAACACCGGGGAUCAUCACCACCAUCAUCAGCAGGUGCAUCAGGGGGAUUCGGAACCCUCGCCGCACCAUCACCACGGCGUGAAACCCAUCAAGAUCAAGGGCGCCAAGCAGAAGGUCGACCAGGACGACGUCGACGUUGGCGCGGGCAAGGUGUACGGGAAGAGUCCUAGAUUCGACAACGAGAGUCUGACGGGAUUCGGACGCACACCGCCAGCCUCAUCGGGCUAUCCCAGCGGGCACUUCGACCUCCUCAGCGGCAACUUCGUAUCCAAGAACGACAACUUCGUCGCCGGGAUAGAGUUCGAGGGUGGGAACGAGAACUCGAACGUUCGCCAGGCCUCCUCCUACCGCAAAAACGCCCAGUUCUACGGAACCGCCGACGAGGUUUUCUUCGACGACGAUCCCGUCAAGACCGGCGCUCCGGAGGCCGGUGGCGUAGUAUUCAAUACCCUCGACGGUUUCGAAGGCAGACGGGGAUCCGAGGACCGACGCGAGUCCUCCGGCAGCCUCAGGAAGAGCGUCGAACGAAAGGUCAGCGCCGGACAGAUAAAAAGACCCUUGUCCCAGGACGACGACGUCUCCUCGAAGAACGGACCCGGCGCUUUAUCCCAACAGCCCGAGGUCACGCCCGGCGACGUCGGCAGGAUGCUCAACCUCGGGAACGCUCUCGAUGGUCCGAAACUACUCGCUCAGCCCAACAAGUAUCUCAGCCUCGUCACUCUUCACUUACCCGUCAUUCUGAGGCUCAGCGUCAAUUGUCCGUUUCAAAAUGUCCGCACCAAGUGUGCCGAGAUACUCGAGAUGGUCAAGGAACGAGGACUUCCGGUACCAGAGCCAGCCUUCGACGGACCGAGCGCCUUCGUUCCGACGUCAGAGCUACCGGAUCUGGGAAAUCACGAUGAUAGGGCUCACAUGCUGUUGAUGGACGCAUUCUUGCAAAACAAUAGACUCGAUCAUGUAUCUCGUGUGAUGGCUGGGCACCCAACGUACUUGGAACACUUUCUUCGCACCCAACAUUUCAUUUUGCGUGGCGAUGGGCCCCUCCCAUACGAUUAUCGCCAUCUAAUCGCCAUCAUGGCCGCUGGAAGGCACCAAUGCAGCUAUUUGAUAAAUUUGCAAAAGGGCGAAUUCCUACUCCAAGGAGGUGCCUCGUCCUGGCUUCAAGGUCUCAAAUCCAUACCGAGCAAACUUCAGGACCUGUACGAGAUCAACAAAAUUCUGGCUCAUCGACCUUGGUUGUUAAAUAAAACUCACAUAGAGAAACUUACGAAAGGCGCGGACAAUUGGUCCCUGGCUGAAGUUGUUCAUGCCAUAGUGCUGUUAGCCCACUUUCACUCGUUAUCAUCGUUCGUAUUCUCAUGCGGUAUAAACGAGGAGCUAGACAGCAGUUCGGGUCAUCACUACAAGGAAUGCAGCGGUAAGGAUAAUGGAAAAAACGUACAGCCGGUUAAGGAUAUCAAGGUGCCGAGCAGUAGUCCGACCAAAAUACCCGGAAGUACCGAUAAGACUGACAAUAUGCCGUCGCCUCCACCCUCGCCUAGCAUACUUGGUGAACAGGAAGUUGGCGUUGAGACUCUGAUGGAACGUAUGAAACGUUUGUCGGAAAAAUCCGAGUCCUAUCAAAUAACCCAGGAGGAACUGUCGAAACGUUUUGAAACCGUUGAGUCGCAGUCUGCGGAAUUGACUGCCGCACCGCAACGAAGCUCCGUUCUCGACUCCGACAUCGGCCUUUUCAUAGACGAUCCGACGUUCAUCUAUCAAGAUUUUGCCAAGCGCGGACAGCUGAACGAUAUACCGACGUUUCGUGUCCAGGAUUAUUCCUGGGACGAUCACGGUUAUUCAUUGGUGAACCGGUUGUACAACGACGUUGGGAAUCUGUUGGACGACAAAUUCAAAACUGCUUACAAUUUAACCUACUACACAAUGGGGACUCACAGCAAAGUCGACACGUCGCGUUUCAGACGCGCGAUAUGGAAUUACAUACAGUGCAUGUUUGGGAUAAGGCACGACGAUUACGACUACAAUGAGGUCAAUCAGCUGCUCGAGAGGAGUCUGAAAACUUUUAUCAAAAGCGCUGUAUGCUAUCCGGAACGGGUCACCAAGAGGGAUUACGAUCGCGUUAUGAGGGAGUUCAAGCAUAGUGAAAAGAUUCAUGUGAAUCUUAUGAUCCUGGAAGCUCGUAUGCAAGCUGAACUGUUGUAUGCACUUCGCGCCGUGAUGCGUUACAUGACCUAAUACGGUUCUGGACAUAGUCGACUCGGCCUACUCUAAUAAAUGCAAGGAAAACAACGAAUUUUCACGUACCGUCGAGGACAAGAUUUCGUUCCUGGGAUCACAAUCACACCUCUGUGCUGUGCCGUGUCGUUUCGUGAUAUGCUGUGCAUCUAUAAACACAUGUUGAUUACAUACAUAUAGAAGGAUAAAUUGUUCGAUCCUUAAAUAUUAACAAAAAGCUUUUACCGAAGAUAGUGGGGUACGUCAAGCUAUAUAGGCUUUUGUUUAAAGAAUAAGAAUAAAGAGAAAAUGAGGAAGCCGAAGGUGAUGGACAAGGAAACCUGAGAAGACCAUGAAAUCGUCGUCGUCGAUUCUCGAUAAGAUUGUUGCAUACGCGUGGGUACCGUUUUCAGUAAGGAAAUAAAAGAUAUUUCAUCUAGUAUUUGGCGAUUUAUAUUGCCGUCUUGAGCGUGAAUAUUUAUCGCACCGACUUCUGCAGGGAUCCUUUUUAUUUCUAGCUGUGACUAAAGCGAGUCAAAGGUUGUUGUUUCAAAUCUACCUUGUGAGCAGCUAAUCUUGCAUUAUGAUGUAGCUGCGUUGCUAAUCACUCUUUUUAAACGUAUUAUUCUUUUGAAACUGUUCAACAGAAUGAAAUAUAUAUCCUUCAGCGUGUGGGCAAGUAAUGAAAGUGAAUUAAAAUCAAAUAUUCAAAUUUAAGAAAAACAAGGAGAAAACAAAAGAAGAUCAGCUUCAGUGCUGUCACAAUUAGUUUAAAUAUUUUAACGUAUUUGAUAAUAACAAUAUUAAUUUUAAUGAAAAUGAUAAACUACGCCUCUGUUAUUUUUAAAACGAAUUUGGCGUCGAUCUAACGAACAAACAUAGAGUUCCCACCCUGUUGUAAAUUCUUUAUUCACGACUUGACGACAGGUCACGAAUGCAAAUACUAUCUUAGAUUGAUUUGAACUACACAAAUCGGACCCAAUCGUUCCAACAUCUAAUUUUGACUGAUCCCGCAAAACCGCGCUUGGACUAUAAAAGUCAUCGUGAAUUAUUUUAAUUUAUGUACUUUUUUUUUAUUUUUUUAUUCUACAAUUUUUUAUCCUCUCUCAUCGUCGUCGUCAUCGUCAUUGUCGCCAUAUUAUACGAAGAAAACAAAACUUGACAACAAUAAAAUGCAAUUAGAAAUAAUGAAAACAAUGUAUAAAAAUUGUGGGCUAGAAGAGUUAUUGUGAAGAUAUAUCUUAUUUUGUGAAAUUAAAAGCAAGUGGAAAAACGAAGGACAGUCGUAUUAAAUCGUUAAAAUUGUAUCAUGGGCCCGGAGGUGAUAAUAGAAAACAUUCAAUACAGUCGGGUACAUCAUAUUAUUUUGUUCUCCAUGCCGAAGAAAUGCACUGUAAAUAUAAAUGGAUCCAUUCAUUUCUGACUAGAAAUAUAAUAAAUACAACCCUCGAAUACAAUACUGAUAUUAUGUUAUACUAUGUGUGAAUGUAAAAAUUUGAUGUGAAAUAUGUUCAGGAAAGAAAAGAGCUGGCCGUCGUCAACUGUAAUUUAGUUGUUUAAACACUUAAAACUACAGGUCGAGUUGUUCAAAUUGCAUCGCCUUUUGCUACCAAUAAUAGAGUUUAAAAUUGUAACAUGACCUGUAAUGGUCAGACCAAUCAACGAAUCUUAUGCCUUUGGAUAAUACACUCUAAGACAACGUUCGAUGAAUGGAAAUUGAAAACUACAACUGUUAACGCUGUCCACGCGUGAAUGAUUUUAGGAACCUGCACACGCAAGUCUUACGAAUAACAAUGAUACGACUAACAAUAAUAGUAAUAAUGAUAAGGUGGUUGAGGACAGUCAGCUGCUGAUCCAUGUAAGGAUAUUAUUAAAAAAAAAGCGAAUCAAACAUAGAUUUCCUCAAGUGAAACGUGAAACAUUUAACGUGGCGCAAAAAUUUA